CAGAUUCUCUUUCCAUAUAGUCCGUAAGUGUGCGAAAAGUAUCAAAACAUGUUUUUUUUUGUUUUUGUUAUUGUGUAAACGUCAAAAUAAUCUUUUUUAUAUUUUUGAAUGAUUUGGCUUGUUUUAAGACUACAUUCCUGUUGAUAACCCACACUCAACAUUUUACAUCAAAUGCGACAACUUUUUUACACAAAAAACCCAUGAUCUGCAUGUUUGUAAAUAAGCCUCAGUUGUUUACAUACAAGUUGCUGUUGUGAACGAAGUCGAGUUAUUUUGAUGUGAAAAACAUAAAAUAAGAUUUGCGAGAAAUGAGCUGUGUGGUGCACGAGUGCUUCGCCAGCACGGUAAAUGGGCAUCUUUUCGAGUUCCCGAAGGAAGAGGAUUUGAAGGAGCUGUGGUUCCAGCGAGUGGGCAUUGAUGAAUCCGCCUCAGCUCGGAGAAAUCGGAAGCGUUUAUUCGUUUGCCAAGAACAUUUUGAUCCCUCUGAUUACCAGGUGAUUACUGUAAAGUCGUCGAAGUGCGAUAUGCGAUUCAUAUUAGACAAAAAUGUUGUCCCCCACAGAAAUCUUCCAUCCAUUGAAGAUGCUGAAAGGUACUCUUUCAUGAUCCCAAGGUCAGAUCCAUUAGCUCGUCCAUUAAAAAUAUGUGCCUUACAACAAGUUAUGGAAGAAACAAAAGGAACAGAAGAAAGAGAUAAUAUUUCUCCGGAGAGAUGCAUAUCACCUCUGGCGAGACCUUUGAUAUCACCUAAAAUGACGUACUCCGAUGAGAAUUCUGAGUACCCCUGAAUCCCGGACAACAGGUAAGAUCAAUUCGUUAAAAUAAUUAAG